UACAGGAGAUGACCAGAGACUGUGGACACAGUACAGGAGAUGACCAGAGACUGCGGACACAGUACAGGAGAUGACCAGAGACUGCGGACACAGUACAGAAGGAUGACCAGAGACUGCGGACACAGUACAGGAGAUGACCAGAGACUGCGGACACAGUACAGGGGAUGACCAGUGACUGCGGACAGUACAGGGAUGACCAGAGACUGCGGAAAGUACAGGAGAUGACCAGAGACUGCGGACAGUACAGGGAUGACCAGAGACUGCGGACAGUACAGGGAUGACCAGAGACUGCGGACAUAGUACAGG